AUGUCGUAUGAAGAAGUGUCAACGAGACAUAAUGAUGAUAAAAAUCUUGAAACAAAGGAUAAAACAGAAGAAAAAGACAGGAACGCUAUAAUUGCUGGUUUGCAGCAACUUCGUGAACAACAAAAAAAUAUCGUUAUGGAAUUAACACGAGUAGAAGACGAUAAACGUGAACAUGAACGUGUCCUGCAAGUGUUGAGAAAAAUGGAAGGUAGUAGAAAGUGCUUUCGAAUGAUAGGCACGACAUUAGUGCAACAUGAAAUAAGAACAGUAUUGCCCAUAUUGGAAUCAACAUUAGGAAAUCUGGAUGCAUUAGUCAAUUCCAUGAAGGAUAAUUUGAUAGAAAAAGGAAAAGAAUUGCAAGAGUAUACGGAGAAGCAUAAAAUUCGUUAUAUCAGUGAGAAAGAAUUGAGGGAGGAAUCUGAACGUAACAUGAAGAAAUAA